AAAUUACAAUUACAGUAUUUUUCGCUCCAUAAGACGCACCUGACCAUAAGACAUACCUCGGUUUUAGAGGAGGAAAAAAAGAAAAAGAAUAUUCUGAACCAAUGGACUGCAGACACAGUACAGGAGAUGACCAGAGACUGCGGACAUAGUACAGGGGAUGACCAGAGACUGCGGACAUACUACAAGAGAUGACCAGAGACUGCGGACAUAGUACAGGAGAUGACCAGAGACUGCGGACACAGUACAGGAGAUGACCAGAGACUGCGGACACAGUACAGGAGAUGACCAGAGACUGCGGGCACAGUACAGGAGAUGACCAGAGACUGCAGACAUAGUACAGGAGAUGACCAGAGACUGCGGACACAGUACAGGAGAUCACCAGAGACUGCGGACACAGUACAGGAGAUGACCAGAGACUACGGACAUAGUACAGGAGAUGACCAGAG